CACAUCAACAACGACCACAUCCACGGAGAGAAGAAGGAGUUCGUGUGCCGCUGGGAGGAUUGUUCCAGGGAGCAGAAACCCUUCAAAGCUCAGUACAUGCUGGUGGUUCACAUGCGCCGACACACGGGGGAGAAACCGCACAAGUGCACGUUUGAGGGCUGUGCGAAGGCGUACUCCCGUCUGGAGAAUCUCAAAACUCAUCUGCGCUCGCACACGGGAGAGAAACCGUACGUCUGCGAGCACGAAGGCUGCAACAAAGCUUUCUCCAACGCAUCGGACCGAGCCAAACAGAACCGGACUCACUCCAACGAGAAACCGUACGUGUGUAAGAUCCCCGGCUGUACGAAGCGCUACACGGACCCCAGCUCUCUCAGGAAGCACGUGAAGACGGUGCACGGCCCCGAGGCUCACGUCACCAAGAAGCAGCGCAGCGACGUGCCGCCGAGGCCGCCGGCGCCCAGAGAGAACGGAGAGAACGAGACGGGACACAGAGACAGAAUCCAGAGGGACGAUAAGAUAUCAGACAGCAGCAGCUCCCCCAGAGGAGUGGAGGACUACCUGCACGUUAAAUCCAUCAAGACGGAAAACUCUGUGAUGUAUCAGUCCAGCCCUGGCGGUCAGUCAUCAUGUAGCAGCGAACCAUCACCGCUUGGCAGUACCACCAACAAUGACAGUGGAGUAGAAAUGGCGGCGCACAGCGGGGGAAGUCUGGGGGACCUCAGCACCUUGGACGAACUGCCCUUCGUUGAGUCCUUUGGUUUCGAAGAUUCCCGCGGUGGGGUCGCGGCGGUGGGCCUCCACUACCGGAAGCAGCUCAGCACCUGCCAGCACCUGGAGCAUCUGAAGAAGGAGAAGCUGAUGACAGUGAGGGACUCGUGUCGAUGGGCCACCAACCCAACACCGCUGGCCCUCGGCACCAAGCUUCCACCCAUACCAGCAACUGGGUCCCUCCUGGAAAGUCCAAAUAUAGGUGGUGGUCCUGUGUCCUUCCCUGGUUCCGGCUUUGGUGAUCUGAGCUCCGGUAAAAUGACUCUGCUGGGUCUUUCGGAGCGCCGCGACAGCACCUCCAGCACCCUGAGCUCAGUUUACACACUCAGCCGCCGUUCCUCGGGCAUCUCCCCCUGUUACUCAAGCCGGCGCUCCAGUCAGGCUUCACAGUUCGGCGCUAACCGCCCAAGCAACAUCAGCUCCGCUGACUCCUACGACCCCAUCUCUGCCGACAUCUCGCGACGCUCCAGCCAGACCAGUCAGUGUGGGGGAAGCAGCAGAGGAUCAGGGGGGUACGGAGGAGGGAGCCUAACCGGCAUCCUUAGCCUGACCCCUGCCCAGCACUACCGCCUCAAAGCAAAAUACGCUGCUGCCACUGGGGGCGCCCCACCUACUCCUCUCCCAAACAUAGACAAGAUGAGUCUUAAGUCUCACCAGAUGUACGGGGACUUCCAGGAAUCCCCCACGUCAACCAAUGGGCUGACUUCCAGGCAGUACAGCAGCUACGCCACACGGAGCUUGAUGCCCCAUGAAGUCCCGUCAAACAUCCCCCGCCGAGCCAGUGACCCUGUGAGACGGGUGGCACCAGAUUCUCACAGCCAGCCGCAGAUGCAACGCUACAGCAGCAUGGGAACGCUGAGCGGAGGGGUGCAGCCCCAUCCGCCUCCUGCAGCAGAUCGGCAGCAUCUAUCUCACCAAACCUUCCUGCGAUCGGAUGGCAGUCUCCUCCGCUACCCUUGCAGCCUGCGACCGCCAAGCAUUUCGGAGAACGUCGCCAUGGAGACAAUGACAAAUGACAUCGCGGAGGAAGACGUGAUGCUGCCGGGUGACGAGGUGCAGUGCCUCAAAACUGAGAACGGAGACGCAACAAACAGAGUGUCGACACAUCGAGAUUUUCAAGGAAACCCUCUCCAGCAGCAGGCGUACUAUCAGAGAAGGAUGGCCGUCGUCGAUACCAACAUGAACCCGCCUAACAAAAGCUCUUUGGGACCUCUGGAUGUCUCUCAGCACCACUCCAAACUGCAGGUCAGUGGAAACCUGGCGCUCCUCCAGCAGAACCAGAACUUUGGCUCUUUUCAGAACAAUCACAGCUCUAACCAGCAGAUGAUUCAAAACCUUGCAAACACACAGCAGAGAUACAAACAGCCGAACGCUGAACCAGGAGCAAACUGUCUCCAGCAGCAGAGAUUUCAGCAGUCGUCAAAUCUCAAUGAAGCAAUUAGCUCUCGGUACAUGUUCAAACAAGACAUCGGACCCUACGAUAAAAACGGUAACACCACUUAUCCACCUUGUAACAACACAGCAGCGAUCAACGGGGGCCUGCUAACCUGCAAACAGGAGCCAGUUGACAUGCACUUUGCUGAUGCUGGAUUUCAGCCUGUGCAAGUCAAAAUUGAGGACUGUGAAGAAUCAAUCCUGAUUUCAGACCAGCAGAACUGUAAAAUGCCCUCCCAGAGUCCUUUGCAAGCUGGGAAUCAGAGCCAUCUCCAGCCAAGGCCUCCAGCACAACCUAAAUCUUUAAACAGGCACCUUUCCAGGCCAAAGAUUGCCCAGCAAACAAGGCACCCAGGUCAUGCUAACCCAGACGCUACUCCCAACAUACCCAAUAGUGGAGUUAUUGGAUUUCAUUGUGGCGACAGCUCUGACGACAACGCCCUGUACUACACAGGGCAGAUUCAAGUAUUUGAGUCCAAUGGAAACUUGGACCAUCAUGUGGUGGAUGUACCUCCGUUUGAAAAUGAUGCAACAACUUCCAGUUCAGGCACCAGCCAGACGGCCAGGACUGUAGACUCUAACGCAGUGCUGGAGCAGGCACAGAUAGACUUUGACAGUAUGCUGGAUGACGGGGAUCACUCCAGCCUCAUGUCAGGGACUCUGAGUCCAGGUCUGCUCACGAGCUUGUCCCGGAGUUCCUCCCGCCUGACGACACCCAGGAACUCGGUCACAUUGCCGUCGGUGCCGGCGGGGACGGGGAACAUGGCGAUCGGGGACAUGAGCUCCUUGCUGUCUGCUCUGGCAGAAGAGAGCAAGUUCCUCAACCUGAUGUCUUAG